AAAUCCAAAUUUCCAAAAUCCAAAAAUUGAAACAACUCAUUUUCUGUACGAAAUCCCCCAAAUCAAUUUAACACUCCAACUGCGCAAAAGUUUUCCAUAUUCAGUGGUAACUGAAAACCUAAUAGGCUAAUACUUCGUACUUAAGAUGGUGUCACUCUAAUAACUUACGCGUCACACAAUAACUGUGAUCACUUACUCAGUUACGAGUACUACGUUUUCAAUUAGGGUUCGUUUCCCAGAAUCAAAAUUUGGGGGUUAGGGUUUCUGGGAAAGUGAUGAAACAGUCGAAUAUGGAAUUAGCCAAUUCCAGAAUUGCAAUCAUCAAAUCGGGUGGCAGUACUAGUAGCGCAACUAAUGAUGAUCUGCAAUCUUCAAGCUCGGAAUCUGAUUUUGGGUUUGCUUUCAAUGAUAGUAAUUUUUCCGACCGGAUUUUUAAGGUUGAGAUUGUUCCUGAUUUGCCUGAUGUCAAAUCCGACGAUGAUGGUUGCACCACCAUUGCUGAUUGGGCUAAGAAUCGGAAGCGUAGGAGAGAUGAUAUCAAAAAAGAACCUGGUGCAGAUAUUAUUCUGCAGCCUGAUGAUCAGAUUUUGAACUGCAAUAUGCCAGACCCUGAUGGUGUUGCCUAUGAAAGUUUAGAAGGGGAAGCAGUGGCUAUGCUAGAAGAGUCACCGAUUAUUGAUGGUGAUGAGACUCUGCAAAAUAGUGAUUCUCCCUUGAACAUGGAUUGUUCAGUAGUUCUUCCAGUGAAGACUAUUCACAUAAGCUCUCCAAUUUUAGCUGCCAAGAGUCCUUUUUUUUAUAAGUUAUUUUCAAAUGGGAUGAGGGAAUCUGAGCAGCGACACGUGACUUUACGUAUUCAUGCCUCUGAGGAAGCUGCGCUUAUGGAUCUCCUAAAUUUUAUGUACAGCAAUACUUUACAAACCAACACUCCACCUGGUAUACUAGAUGUUCUGAUGGCCGCUGACAAAUUUGAAGUUGCUUCAUGCAUGAGAUACUGCAGCCGGAUGUUGCGCAAUUUUCCUAUGACGUCUGAUGUAGCUUUGUUAUAUUUGGACCUUCCCUCAAGUGUCUUGAUGGCUGAUGCAGUCAAACCAUUGACCGAUGCUGCCAAGGAGUUUCUUGCAUUACGGUUCAAGGACAUGACUAAAUUUCAGUCAGAGGUAAUGGACCUCCCUCUUGCUGGAAUCGAGGCAGUGUUGUGCAGUGAUGAUCUCCAGGUUGCUUCUGAAGACGCUGUUUAUGAUUUUGCAGUGAAGUGGGCUAGAACCCAUUACUCGAAGUUGGAGGAGCGACGAAAGGUACUUGGCACUCGACUCUGCCGAUUGAUCCGUUUUCCGCACAUGACAUGCAGGAAGCUAAGGAAAGUCAUGACAUGCAAUGACCUAGAUCCAGAGCUCUCCUCCAAGCUGGUGUCGGAAGCACUUUUUUUCAAGGCCGAGCCACCUUAUCGUCAGCGAGCCCUGCUCGCAGAUGAGGCUAACACUUCUGGUCACCGUUAUAUUGAGCGGGCUUACAAAUAUCGCCCAGUGAAGGUGAUAGAGUUUGAACUACCACGACCGCAGUGUAUAGUGUACUUGGAUUUGAGGAAAGAGGAAUGCCAGAACCUCUUUCCAUCAGGUCGGGUGUAUUCCCAGGCUUUCCAUCUCGGUGGACAGGGGUUUUUCCUCUCUGCCCACUGUAAUAUGGAUCAGCAGAGCUCCUUUCAUUGCUUUGGUCUGUUCUUGGGCAUGCAGGAGAAGGGUUCUGUAUCGUUUGCUGUGGAUUAUGAAUUUUCUGCUAGACAAAAGCCUGCUGAUGAGUUUGUUUCCAAAUAUCGAGGGAAUUACACUUUCACAGGAGGGAAGGCAGUUGGGUACAGAAACUUGUUUGGUACGCCAUGGACCUCGUUUAUGGCGGAGGAUAGCCAGUUCUUCAUCAAUGGCGUAUUGCAUCUCAAGGCAGAGCUGACAAUUAGGCAAUAGUCACUGGAUGCUAGUUAGAUACUUGGAUGCCCAACAAGGGAAGAUGAAUUUGCUUUAUUUAUUACCUGUAUAUAGUCGCAUAUUAUAUAUGGAGAAGUUAUAUUAGGAUGGCUUAGUUUGCUUUGCUAGAAACCAAAAUAGAAGGAAAAAACGGUCACUAACAGCUAUAACUGGUGGUGCAGUUGGUAUUCUAUUUCUAUGGCACUGUAACAACUUACUGUCAGUAAAUCAUGUUAUGAAGUUAUUAUCCUCUUUGAUAAUGCUUGUCAUAGCGAAAUAAAUGUCGUUUCAUGCUCCUA